GAGGAGAGAGAGAAAGAGAGAGAAAGCUUUGGAUUGCAGCAGUAGAGACAGAGAGAGAGAGAGAGAGAGAUACGAGAAAUGGGUAAACAGUGCAUUUAGUGGUCUCUCUUCCCCUUCCUCCUCCUUAGCCCCUACUUCUUUUUAACACUUAAAUUCAAAGCUUUUCUUUUGAGGACACGAUCCGGUUCUGCCGCUUCAUCACCAACCUACUCAGCUUUCUCACGGCGGCCCUCAACCUCCCAACCACCGCAGAAACCCCCACGCCGCCCUCUCGUCGCCGUCUUCUUCUUCUUCUUCUUCAGUAAAUGGAGGAUCAGUAUGGAAUGGCGGAUCUAAGGAACUUCAUCAACAACCGCCCACUUUACACUUCCACUCCCCACCCGCAGCCGCCAGAAUUCCUAUCCCCCCACCACCGGAAUCUCGCGCCGCCGCCGCCGCCGUCGCAUCACCCCUACGAGAUGGUGAUGCCACCGGUGCCACCCCAUCCCCGCGGCUUCCACCACGACUUCCUCCCCGACUGCAGCACCAACAACGCCGCCACCACCACCGCCAGCGUCAUCACAGGCGGCGGCGCGUCCAGCGCCGCCUUCAGCGGCCUGGAGAUGGACGCCGCUGGCGGCGGACUCGGCUGCGACGGCGGUAACGGCCGCUGGCCACGCCAAGAGACCCUCACCCUCCUUGAGAUCCGAUCAAGACUCGAUCCCAAGUUCAAAGAAGCUAAUCAAAAAGGCCCCCUCUGGGAUGAAGUCUCCAGGAUUAUGUGCGAGGAACACGGGUAUCAGCGGAGCGGGAAGAAGUGCAGGGAGAAGUUCGAGAAUUUGUACAAGUAUUACAAGAAGACCAAGGAAGGGAAGGCGGGGAGACAAGACGGGAAACAUUAUAGAUUUUUCCGACAGCUGGAGGCUCUCUAUGGUGAACCCAGCAAUAAUUCCGGUUCGGUGUCGGAAACCCACCACGCGGGGACUGGUAGUUUUCCUUACAACAACGCCGCCGUGGGGGGUAAUAAUAAUAAUACCACCACCCAAGACGCAGCCGCCUUUCAUCAUCAUCAUCAUCAAGAUUCAAAGGUGUCCGACAGCCUCAGCCUGUCGAAUUCCUCGGAUUACGAGACGACAUCCUCGGAGGACGACGAGAGCGAUCUGCAGGGCGGCGGCGGCGGGAUGGCGAGCAAGAAGAGGAAGGGGAAAGGGCGGUGGAAGGCGAAGAUUAAGGACUUCAUUGACGGGCAAAUGAGGAAGCUAAUGGAGAAGCAGGAAGCGUGGUUGGAUAAAAUAAUGAAGACGAUUGAGAACAAGGAGGAAGAGAGGAUGUUAAGGGAGGAUGAAUGGCGAAAACAGGAGGCUUCUAGGAUGGAAAGGGAGCAGAAAUUCUGGGCAAAUGAGAGAGCCUGGAUCGAAGCUCGAGAUUCUGCUCUAAUGGAGGCCUUACACAAGGUAACCGGCAACGAAUGCAACAAGAAAAGAAAAGACGACGAAGAAAACAACAACAUAGGAAGCUGCUACUCUUUCCAGAACAACAUUAAUGGAGGCUCAUACUGCCCAGAACAACCACAACCCAAUGACAAUCACCACCACCCCAUCAACCCCGCCAUCAACGAUAGCUGUUUUAGGCUUCUGAUGGGGGACAAUGCAGAUAACUUAUGGGAGAAUUACGGGUUGAAACUCAGCAAUGGAGGUGGAGAUGAUGAAAAAUAAAGUUUUUAUUAUUACCAGACAACAAUAUUUGUAAAAUAUUUCAUUCUCAGGAUUAUUCAUCAGGCUUGAGAGGGUAUUGUAAGAGUAGCUGAUCAUGAUCAGAAGAGGUCAGGAUAUCGAUCAAUGGCUGACUGUGGCUAGAAAGGAAUUGAAUUAAGGUAAGUUGGUUUAGCUCUAAGUGCUGGCUUUCUUCAUAGGCAGACAAAAACAUUAUGGGAUUAUAUUUGUGUUUUAUUAAGCUAAGGUUGCUGCUAACAUGAAUGCAACAUCUUCUAGGCUGGACUUCUCAACUUUAAUAAAUUGUUUUCAUUUGUUAUUAA